UUGAAAUGGAUUAAAUUAUAUAUCUCAAUUUCUUUAAUAACUUCUACACAAAAUAAUAUAUUACUUGGUGUACAUUGAACUGGGAAUUAUUCCAACACAUCCAAGUAGCAGCAAAAAAAAAAUGCUUGUUCAAAAAAAAUAUAUAACUCAUUUAUUGAAUGCUUUAAAAACAAUUAAAACAGUCACAUCAAAUCAUAACAAUGCAAGACAGUCCAGGGUCAUUCAGUUCAGAGGAAGUGCCAAGUUCUUUAGCAAAGCCAUUGUUCUUAUUGCUUUUAAGUUUGAAGAGAAUUCAAGAGAUUCAAAAGACAUUUUCAUUUCAGGUUUGAAUCUCAAAAAAGAGGUUUGCGUUUAGAAAAUGUAUAUAAAUAAAAUAUAGUGUGAUUGUGUUCACACGUCACAGUCUGUCCGCGCUUACGUAUGUCACGUGGCCUCGUCCAACCAAUCAGAGCGCAGUUUCUGUCUGUGCGGAAGCGCGUGAAGCCGGUGUCUUGCGGAUGUCAAUCGAAAUCAUGCUGCUGUGGAUUGUGUCCGGCUCUCUGCUCCUCUUCAGCAGUUUUGACGUCUGGUACUUCCUGAGAGCGACGUGGAUGGUGAUCAAGUCCUGGUUCCAGGGGCCGGUUCGAGACGUUCUGGAGGAGCAGGUGGUCCACGGACGGGUUUUCCUCCACGACCUGGACUUUAUGUGUCACAUGAAUAACGCGCGCUAUCUGCGCGAGUGCGACUUCGCGCGCUACGCGUACUGCACGCGGAACGGGCUCUUCCUGGCCGCGCGCGCGCUCGAUGCCUCCAUGCUGAUCGGAGCCACGACCAUCCGGUACCGACGCUCACUGGGGUUCGGCGAGGCCUUCGAGCUGCGCACGCGGAUGGUGGCGUGGGACGAGAAGUCCUUCUACCUGGAGCAGAGGUUCGUGUCCAAGACAGACGGGUUCGUGUCUGCUGUCAUGCUGUGCAGGCAGAAUGUCAUUCGCGGAAAUCCACAGAGGAUCCUGGAGCACCUUUGCAAGAGGAAGGUGGACUGCCCUGAGAUAUCAGAGGAUCUUCAGCACUGGAUCAGGUUCAUCUCUGCCAGCAGUCAGGCUCUGAGAGCAGAGAGUGGCCUGGACGACAAGACCAAAUGAUCAUUUUAAAGACUCUUACCGUAAGCCUUCCUUCUGCAUGUAAGUUUCCGGUGAUGCUAACCUUGAAACCAUAACUCUCUAAUGUCCGUUUUAAAGUUUCAAAAAGGUUUUCUGGUCCAGAACCUGCGGCUGUUGGCAGCUCCAGUGUUUAGUCCACCACACCAGCCCUCCGUGUAGUUUAUUUGUUUAAAAGUAUUACAACGUCAGUAUGGUACUUACAAAAUCCAUUCCAGAAGCUGUAAGAAAUAUGACUGACAAACCACUGAGCAUGAAUCUCUGUUGAGAAACAGAGCGCAUGAACGAAUGUUGAAAACUUAACUCCAUUCACUUGAACGCUGGGGGCUUUUUAACGCUCCUUUUACCAAAUACGCACAUGAACAUAAGAAAAAUAAUGUCCAAAAGAUUUGCACUGAGUAUUUUAAUAGUAUAAAUGGUAGAUGAGUUAUGAGAAAUGUAUUGUUAAAUCAUAUCACAUCAUGGAUUUGUUGUGCUGGUCAGAUAUGUAAAUCUAGGUAUUUAUUCAAAUUUAAAACUGAAACGGUUUAUUAUUGUUGUUAUUUAUGAAAAGGGAACAUGUAUUUAUUCAAAUAUUUUUUCUGAGAUUUGCAUAAUUUCUUUGAGAAGAGUCUGUAUGUAAAGUAAUUUAAGCACCUGUAAUGAAAUUUGAAGACUUGCUUUGUGAAAUAAA